UAUCCAUAGCAGCAUUUGAUAUUUCCAUUCAAACCAUUUGAAACCACUUGUGAUUUGAGUGAAAUAACUGUCCUCCAUCGUCCACGCGAAAAGAUUUCCCACUUUCGUCUGUAUCUUUCCGUCAGACCAGCAAAAUAAUUCCCGGCCCGCAAUACAGAAAAAGCAAGGAUAGAAAAUCUGAAAACCCUAGAGAGAGAAAGACAGAGAAAUGGACGGUAACUCUACGGAGGUGGAGCGGUGGCUGACCAUAGCGGAGAAGCUCCUCGCUUCACGUGACUUCCACGGGACGAGAACGUUCGCGAUUCGAGUUCGAGAAUCGGCCCCCGUCCUCGCCGAUCAAAUCCUCGCCGUGACAGACACUCUCUUGACCGUCCAAGCCAACCCUCAUGAUUGGUACGGCAUACUCCAGCUCGUUCCCUUAACUCAGUCCGUGGAAGUGGUGGCGAGUCAGUACAGGAAACUCGCCAUUCUUUUGAAUCCUGCGGAGAACACGCUCCCUUUCGCAGAUCAGGCGUUUCGGUUCAUUUCCGAAGCUUGGAAUGUGCUUUCGAAUCCUUCCAAGAAGCUCAUUUACGAUAACGAGCUGAGGUUCCUUCAGUUUGGUCAGGUGAGUCAGUUCAAUGAACUCGGUCAGCUUGGCCAACAGCAUUAUCAGCAGCAACCGGAACUCCAGCAACCGCAAACGCAGAUGCUGUUCAUGCAACCGCAGCCUCCUCCUCCCAAAGAAACGCAAACGCUAUUUAUGCAAACGCCGCAGAAAGAAACGCAAACGCAAGUUACGCAAUCACUAUUUGUGAGAAGCCCUAGGAGUAAUAAUAAAGAUGGAAAUACUGAAUUAGAACGAGGAGGGCAGUUGGGUUUAAAUAAUGCUCCUCCGGAAUCAACUCGGCCGGGUGAGUCAGCUUGGACGAGGCAGAUUUAUCAGCUAGGUCUAGCUGAGCCGAAUCAGAUGAAUCAGACAGGAUCAGUAAGUUCGAGCCAUAUUAGUUGGCCGGAGACUACACGGGCGAGCCAAAUUAAUCGGCCUGAGCCUAUUCGAGCCAGCCAGGUCAAUCAGUUCGGAACAUCUAGCUCUAGUCACUUUAAUCUGACUGAGCCGACUCGGACGAGUCAGGUUAAUCACACAUCAUCUGCACCUCCUCCUCCUCCUGCUGCUUCUGCAACUACCACUACGGAGCAUAGUCGGGCAGAGCCAGCUGAUUUUGCUCAGAAGACCGAUUCUACUCGGCCUAAUCAGGCUUCUGGGUCAGAGGGACUGACUUUCUGGACGGCUUGUCCUUACUGUUACGUUCUCUAUGAGUAUCCAAAGGCGUACGAGGAUUAUACACUAAGGUGUCAGACGAAAGAAUGCCGGAGAGCUUUCCAUGCGGUGGCGAUACCUUCACCUCCUUUGAAUGGAAAGGACACAUAUUUCAGCUGUUGGGGGUUUUAUCCCUUAGGAUUUUGCGGGAAUGGUAAGAAUAUGGGCGGUAAUUUUCCCAGUUGGUCACCUAUUUCUCCCAUGUUUACUUGCUCUAACAACAAGAAUGCAGGAAAAGAAAAGAAUCCCAAAAAAUCUGCUCCUAGAGUGUUCUAUGACGAUCAUGAUGUAUAUGUAGAGAUUUCGGAUUCGAGUAUGAAUUCUGAGGGUGACGAUGAAUUGAUCAUGAAUCAUGAUCAAUUUGAGGUGGGGUGGUGUAUGAUUUUGAUCGAGUUUUAUGCAAUGUCUUUAUUCUAUGUAGUUUUUGCCGAUGAGAAGGAGGCUACAGAAACUGGCGAUUCUGCUGAAUCCUGGGAAGAACAUACUCUCUUUCGCAGAUCAGGCGUUUCGGAAGCUUGGAAUGUGUUGUUGAAUCCUUCUAAGAAGCUUGUUUAUGAUGAUGAGUUGAGGUUCCUGCAGUUUGGUCAUGUGAAUCCACUUGGACAGCAACAUUAUCAGCAUCAACAACCGCAGACGCUGUUUAUGCAAACGCCGCUGAAAGAAACACAAUCACUUUUUGUGAGAAGCCCUAGAAAAAACAAGGAUGGAAAGGACGCGUUAAAAGGAGAGCAAUUGUGUUUACAUAAUUAUUCUGCUGGAUCAAAUUGGACGAGGCAGAUUAAUCAGAAAGGUUUAACUCAGCCGUCAGAUUCAUCAGACAAUAUCAACACAACACAACCAACUGGUGCCACUCGGGCUAGUCAAGCUACUCAGUCAGAGGGACCGGAGAACGAUUCGACUCCGGCUAGUCUAUCUACUCUGUCAGAAGGACCGAAGAACGAUUCGACUCUGGCUAGUCAAUCUACUCAGUCAGAAGGAUUAACUUUCUGGACCGCUCGUCCGCACUGUUACUCAUGUUUCGAGUAUCCGAAGGUCUACGAGAAUGGGACACUAAGGUGUCAGACUAAGGACUGCAGGAAAACUUUUCAGGCGGCUGUGAUACCGUCUCUUGAGACAGAGCCAAGUGGUCCAACUUUCUCGACUGCUUGUCCAUACUGUUACGUUCUUUACGAGUAUCCGAAGGUAAACGAGGAUUACACGCUAAGGUUUCAGGCUAAGAACUGCAGGAGAGCUUACCACGCAGUUGCGAUACCAUCACCACCAGUGAAUGGAAAUGACCCGAAUUUCCGCUGCUGUGGCUUUUUUCCGAUAGAGCGCACUGGUAAUUUUCCUAGUUGGUCACCUAUUUCGACCAUGUUUGCUUGCCCUGACAACAAGAAUGAUGGAAAACAAAAGAUUCCCAAAAAGUCUGCUCCGAGGGUAUUUUAUGAUGAACGAGAUACAUAUGUGGAGAUAUCUGAUUCGAGUGUGAGUUCUGAUGACGACGAUGAAGACUGGAGAAAUGAAAAGAGGGAAAAAAAGGGCGUGGAAGAGCAAGUUGAUGGUUUGCUAACUGAGCUCAAGUGGAAGCAAAGUUUAUUGUUGGAGAAUGAUGUUAAACAACAUGAGAACGAGGGGAUUCGUCUUUCAGUUGCUGAAAUUAGAGAGCUUGCCUAUGAUGCCGAGGAUGUUAUCAAGGAUUUUGUUCUCAGGAUUGUGUCCAAAAAGGAAGGUGGUAUUUCCGGUUGCAUCAAAAUAUCUACCUGCAUCUUGAUUGAGGGAUGGACACUCCACAAAACACGUUCAAAGAUCGAGGAAAUCUUUGAGAAAAUACUCAACUUGGUCCGACGAUUUCAAGCAUAUGUCGUGAUGGGAUUGAAGGAUGGAGAUGGGCCGAGUUAUUCAAUCGCAAGGAGGGAAUUAAGGAACCCAAACGAUUUUUGUUAA